AUGCAGAUUGUUCAUGGCGAUAUUAAACCGUCGAAUCUGUUGAUAAACGAGAAAGGAGACGUGAAGAUUGCAGAUUUCGGAGUGAGCAAAAUUGUUGUUGGCACACGUAGUGCCUGUGGCUUGCGCAUGGGUACAUGUGCUUACAGGAGUCCAGAAAGGGUCGACCCAGAGAAGUGGAAUGGGGGCAAAGCAGAUGGUUCUGCCGGUGACGUUUGGUCGCUAGGUGUGGAGAGGCUGCAGAUACCGAAGACAGCUUCGCCGGAAUUUAGAAGCUUUGUGAGGUGUUUGGAGAAAGAUUGGAGACAGAUAGGAACGGUGAAUGAGCUUCUUGCUCACCCUUUUGCGAAUAGGAGCUUUUGA